AUGGCAUCCGCUUCAGUUGCCUCGGCCAAUGCCAUGUCUAUAGAAGAUUUGGCCAAGGGAGCAAAGGCGACAGCUGAUCUGGCAGGUUUAGAGUUUGCCUUGGACACCUCUUUUCUGUCAAGAGAUGCACUGCUGCAAGCCAUUCAGGCCGCAACAGCUCCGAGCCCUCUCCUGGCUAUCAAGAAGGAGUUCGUGAAGAUCGAAGAUACCCAGCAGCUGCCGCCCAUGCUUGCCCCGGCAGUGCUGCCACCUGGGAUGAGUGGCACCGAGGAGCUGGAGCAGCCUUCGAGCCAACCGAUGUUUCCAGUUCUACAUGUCGAUGACAGUCAGGUCUCCAGUGGCCAAGCAGCCCCACCGGAGCCGGCCCCACAGAAUUCCGUGCAUGCCACGCCGAGCCCGGUUUUGCAGCUGCAAGCCAAGGUCAAGCAGCUCGAGAAUCAACUGGCAGUCCGAGAGUCUGCCGCCGACACGGCAGAGGACGACCACGAGGAACCAGAUGAAGGUGGCGAGGAAGCCGGCAAGGUCAUGGUGACCUCGCCAGACGGCACGAUCGUCCUGACACAGGAUGCCCUGAGAAUGAGAUUGAAGAGAAUGUGCGAGAAAAAAUCAAAGUCUCAGAAGUGCCAUGUCGACGAUGAAACGCACCAGCAGUAUGUAUCCGCAGGGCCAGAAAGGGAGUGGUUGGAAUUGGCCUUGCUGGAGGCUUUGCAGGCUGUGGGCCCGGAUGCUCUUGGACGUGGUAAAGCUGCCCACAAACUGGCCUCCUUCAAAGUCCAGGUGACACAGAUCCGCGAACGGCAACAUCUCAAGGAGUCCGAAAGCAACGGAGAAUGGCUAACAGAAGAGCGGAUGGUGAAGAGUGGAGAGUAUAGCAAGCAGACGAUCAAGUCGAUCAUAGACUACUGCUUGCGGUUCCCCCAGAUCUUGACGAGGAAAUGGAAAUACAAUGUUGAAGUGCUUGAGUACUUCGUUGAAACUUCCACCAAGCAGACCAUCAAGCACUCCGAGCUCCUGAGACGUGUUGAGACGAUGGACUGUGGAGAGAAAGCGCCUGGAGACAUGCCGACCGAUACGGAUGCUCCUCCUGCUAUUGUCGACGAAGCCGGUGCACAACCCCGGCAAGAACAGGUGGGAGACAAG